GGUCACAGUCGCCACGCAGCCACUGCGCGUGGUAAACCAUUCGUCCGCUAACUCAUUCUGCACCAAACCUCCAUCCUGUAAACAUAUUUCUCCUUCAAGUUCGCCAUGAGCGACGACUUUCUGCGGCUAGUUUCGCAGGCGAAUCCAGCUACGGGGCAGUAUCAGCCAGCACAUAACGGCUAUCCACCUUCAACUUCCAAUAAUCCGUUGUCGCCCAUUCCAACUUCAGCGAACAAUCCUCAAUUGUUAGAUCCCUUCUUUGACGACGACGACGAUCCCAUCCCAGAUUCGGCUUUUGGUCAUCCGCAGGCCAUGCACUCUCAGGAGAGUGGUUUACCCCUUGCACGAUCAGCAGCUCCGCCUGCAGGUAUUUCCAAGACGAGCCUUAGCGGAGACGGUAUGCCUCAAGGCUGGAACUUUGACGAAGACGAUAUCAACCAAUUCCCUACGGCCGGUUCGACACGUUCCCACUCGGAAAAACCCUCGAAACUCCCUAAGAGAAAGCGACAAUGGAAAUGGCCUUGGCAGAAGGAGAAGGUUUUGACCGGAGAACGAGUCGUUGCCCUGAAUAACGAGGCAGCUAAUCUAGAGUUCGUCAAUAACUAUAUCUCUACUAGCAAAUACAAUGCUGCUACAUUUAUUCCCAAGUUCUUUUUCGAACAAUUCUCCAAAUAUGCCAACGUCUUCUUCCUUUUCACUGCCUGUAUACAACAGGUCCCGGACGUGUCACCUACAAAUAAGUACACUACCAUAGCACCGCUUGCCGUUGUUCUAGCAGCAUCUGCGUUCAAAGAAGUUCAGGAGGAUCUGAAACGACAUCAAUCGGAUUCGGAACUCAAUUCUCGAAAGGCGAAAGCGUUGACGCAGCAAGGCACUUUUAUGGAAAAGAAUUGGAAGGAUAUACAGGUCGGGGACGUUAUACGGUUAGAGAGUGACGACUUCAUCCCUGCCGACAUGAUCCUUCUCAGCUCGAGUGAACCUGAAGGCCUGUGCUACAUCGAAACAUCAAAUUUGGAUGGCGAGACCAAUCUCAAAAUCAAACAAGCUUCCCCACACACCUCACCCUUCACUUCUCCGAAACUCGCUAACGAGCUUCGCGGUACUCUUCGCUCCGAACAUCCCAACAACUCGCUUUAUACCUAUGAGGGAACACUCGACCUCUUAACAAAUAUGGGAACACCCAAGCAAGUUUCUCUUGGCCCCGAUCAAUUACUGUUACGCGGUGCACAACUUAGGAAUACCCCUUGGGCUUAUGGAUUGGUUGUUUUCACCGGUCAUGAAACGAAGUUGAUGCGGAACGCGACAGCUGCACCCAUCAAGCGGACUAAUGUGGAAAGACAAGUCAACGUUCAGAUCUUGUUCCUAUUCGUGUUGUUGCUCCUGCUCUCCAUAGGAUCUACUGUUGGAAGUAGCAUACGGACGUGGUUCUUCUCGUCUCAGCAAUGGUACUUGUUUGAAACCUCGUCUCUUAGUGGAAGAGCGAAGGGCUUCAUUGAAGAUAUCCUAACCUUUAUCAUCCUCUACAACAACCUCAUCCCCAUUUCCCUUAUCGUGACCAUGGAAGUCGUCAAAUAUCAACAAGCCCAACUGAUCAACUCCGACUUGGACAUGUACUACGCUAAAACCGACACACCCGCCUUGUGCCGAACGUCAUCGCUCGUAGAAGAACUCGGUCAAAUAGAGUACGUGUUCAGCGACAAGACAGGUACAUUGACCAGGAACGAGAUGGAGUUUAAAAUGUGUUCUAUCGCCGGAAUCGCAUAUGCUGAUGUGGUAGAUGAGAAUAAGAAGGGAGGGGAGAAUGGGGACGAUGGAUGGAAAACGUUCAAAGAGAUGAUGGCGAAUCUGGAAAGUGGUGGUAGGAGUCACAACCCGUUCGUAAACACUGCAUCAAGCCUAGGAAGCCGGAACGAGAAGGAAAGGGAAGUCAUUCAAGAGUUUCUGACAUUACUGGCGGUGUGUCAUACGGUCAUUCCGGAGAUGAAGGAUGGGAAGUUGGUUUUCCAGGCAAGUAGCCCUGAUGAAGCGGCUUUGGUGGCUGGUGCAGAGCUACUUGGGUUUCAAUUCCACACCCGUAAACCGAAAUCUGUAUUUGUGACCAUACAGGGGCAAGACCAAGAAUUCCAGAUAUUGAAUGUCUGCGAGUUCAAUUCUACCAGGAAACGGAUGUCGACGGUUAUCAGGAUGCCGAAUGGUCAGGUCAAAGUCUUUUGCAAAGGUGCCGAUACGGUCAUUCUUGAACGAUUAAGCAAGAAUCAGCCCUACACGGAGAAGACAUUGGCACACCUCGAAGAAUACGCCACGGAAGGUCUUCGAACGCUAUGUUUAGCUUCCCGUGACAUCCCGGAGCAAGAAUACCGACAGUGGGCCACUAUAUAUGAGCAGGCUGCGCAAACCAUCAAUGGACGCGGGGAAGCGCUCGAUCAGGCUGCCGAGUUGAUUGAGAAGGAUCUAUUCUUGCUUGGUGCUACUGCUAUCGAGGAUAAGCUUCAGGAAGGUGUGCCGGAUACGAUACACACAUUACAACAGGCUGGGAUCAAGGUGUGGGUGCUCACGGGCGACCGGCAAGAGACAGCGAUUAAUAUUGGGAUGAGUUGUCGAUUGAUUUCAGAGUCUAUGAACUUGGUUAUUGUUAAUGAGGGAAAUGUUCAUGAUACAGAGGAAUUCAUAACCAAACGGCUGUCAGCGAUAAAGAAUCAAAGAAGUACCGGCGAAUUGGAGGAUCUGGCGCUAAUUAUAGAUGGCAAGAGUUUAACGUUCGCUUUGGAGAAGCCUAUAUCCAAGGUUUUCCUUGAGCUCGCACUCAUGUGCAAAGCAGUGAUAUGCUGUCGUGUGUCACCAUUACAGAAAGCUCUCGUAGUCAAGCUUGUCAAAAAGAACCAGAAGGCUAUUCUGCUUGCCAUCGGUGACGGUGCCAAUGAUGUUAGCAUGAUCCAAGCGGCUCAUGUCGGUGUCGGUAUCUCUGGAGUCGAGGGUCUGCAAGCUGCUCGUUCAGCCGAUGUUGCUAUCUCUCAGUUUCGUUAUCUGAAGAAACUUUUACUAGUUCAUGGGGCAUGGAGCUACAGACGGCUUUCCAAACUGAUCCUUUAUUCCUUUUACAAGAACAUUACACUUUACCUGACCCAGUUCUGGUACUCCUUCUUUAAUAAUUUCUCUGGUCAAAUCGCGUACGAAUCGUGGACGCUUUCACUCUAUAACGUCUUGUUCACCGUCCUGCCUCCACUUGUGAUCGGAAUCUUCGAUCAAUUUGUCUCAGCAAGAAUACUGGAUCGGUAUCCUCAAUUGUACAUGGUGGGACAGAAGAACGAAUUCUUCACCAAGACAUCGUUCUGGAUGUGGAUAACGAACGCACUAUAUCAUUCACUGAUCCUAUACGCUUUCUCCGUCAUCCUCUGGUGGGGCGAUAUUAAGCAAACGUCUGGACUUGACACGGGACAUUGGGUUUGGGGAACUGCGCUGUAUCUUGCUGUACUGCUUACGGUCCUAGGAAAGGCCGCUUUGAUAUCAGAUAUCUGGACAAAGUAUACAGUAGCAGCCAUUCCUGGUUCCUUCGCGUUCACUAUGGUAUUCUUGCCGAUAUACGCAGUCGUGGCUCCCGCGAUCGGUUUCUCGACGGAAUAUCAAGGAAUUGUGGAUCAACUCUGGACAAACGGCAUAUUCUACUUCAUGAUCUUGAUGGUUCCCAUAUUAUGCCUUGCUCGAGAUUUUGCUUGGAAAUACUAUCGACGAACAUACAUGCCUUCCUCUUACCACAUCGCACAAGAGUUACAGAAAUACAAUAUUCCGGACUACCGGCCGCGCCAGGAGCAAUUCCAAAAGGCCAUCAAGAAAGUACGCGCAGUACAACGCAUGCGGCGGAAUCGCGGGUUCGCAUUCAGCCAGACGGAGACGGCGGGAAAACAAGACCAGGCAAAACUCAUUCGUGCUUACGAUACGUCGAAAUCGUAUACGAGGCCCUCGGGGUAUUAGAUGGACGGUCCGCUAUUUUGCGUAGCGCUGACCUUGUUUUUUGUUUUUGUUUUUGUUGUUCGACCUAUCUUUAUUCAUUCAACCACGCUAACCCCCUUGCACGAUCCCUUCCUUGCUUCCUUUUCAACGAAACGCUUUCUUCUUCUUUUUUGUUUCCCUUCUUUUGAUAUCUAUGGAGGGCUUUUUUGUUCACUAUUUCGGACAGCUUUGUUCUUUCUUUUUGUAUUUUACACAACCGCGAUGCUAGUCUACUUAGGAUACAGGAAUAAUACAUUACUCCGCUCCAAAAAU